ACUAGAUAUAAAAUAUAUAUAAACGUGAUUACCGUAGUACCUACCCAAAAGCCCAAACCCUACGUGAGCAUCACAUGCAUGAUAUCGAUUCUAUAAAUAAUCCACACAACAAACACUUUCCAGAUAUCGCUAGUGUUCAUUUCUAACAAAUGCACACCUCACUACACGCAUACAUACAUCAUGAUGAGCUUUACCACAUCAUUACCAUACCCUUUUCACAUCCUACUAGUCUUUAUCCUCUCCAUGGCAUCAAUCACUCUACUGGGUCGAAUACUCUCAAGGCCCACCAAAACCAAAGACCGAUCUUGCCAGCUUCCUCCUGGCCCACCAGGAUGGCCCAUCCUCGGCAAUCUACCCGAACUAUUCAUGACUCGUCCUAGGUCCAAAUAUUUCCGCCUUGCCAUGAAAGAGCUAAAAACAGAUAUAGCAUGUUUCAACUUUGCCGGCAUCCGUGCCAUCACCAUAAACUCCGACGAGAUCGCUAGAGAAGCGUUUAGAGAGCGAGACGCAGAUUUGGCAGACCGGCCUCAACUUUUCAUCAUGGAGACAAUCGGAGACAAUUACAAAUCAAUGGGAAUUUCACCGUACGGUGAACAAUUCAUGAAGAUGAAAAGAGUGAUCACAACGGAAAUUAUGUCCGUUAAGACGUUGAAAAUGUUGGAGGCUGCAAGAACCAUCGAAGCGGAUAAUCUCAUAGCUUACGUUCACUCCAUGUAUCAACGGUCCGAGACGGUCGAUGUUAGAGAGCUCUCGAGGGUUUAUGGUUACGCAGUGACCAUGCGAAUGUUGUUUGGAAGGAGACAUGUUACGAAAGAAAACGUGUUUUCUGAUGAUGGAAGACUAGGAAACGCCGAAAAACAUCAUCUUGAGGUGAUUUUCAACACUCUUAACUGUUUACCGAGUUUUAGUCCAGCGGAUUACGUGGAACGAUGGUUGAGAGGUUGGAAUGUUGAUGGUCAAGAGAAGAGGGUGACAGAGAACUGUAACAUUGUUCGUAGUUACAACAAUCCCAUAAUCGACGAGAGGGUCCAGUUGUGGAGGGAAGAAGGUGGUAAGGCUGCUGUUGAAGAUUGGCUUGAUACGUUCAUUACCCUAAAAGAUCAAAACGGAAAGUACUUGGUCACACCAGACGAAAUCAAAGCUCAAUGCGUAGAAUUUUGUAUAGCAGCGAUUGAUAAUCCGGCAAAUAACAUGGAGUGGACACUUGGGGAAAUGUUAAAGAACCCGGAGAUUCUUAGAAAAGCUCUGAAGGAGUUGGAUGAAGUAGUUGGAAGAGACAGGCUUGUGCAAGAAUCAGACAUACCAAAUCUAAACUACUUAAAAGCUUGUUGUAGAGAAACAUUCAGAAUUCACCCAAGUGCUCAUUAUGUCCCUUCCCAUCUUGCGCGUCAAGAUACCACCCUUGGGGGUUAUUUCAUUCCCAAAGGUAGCCACAUUCAUGUAUGCCGCCCUGGACUAGGUCGUAACCCUAAAAUAUGGAAAGAUCCAUUGGUAUACAAACCGGAGCGUCACCUCCAAGGAGACGGAAUCACAAAAGAGGUUACUCUGGUGGAAACAGAGAUGCGUUUUGUCUCGUUUAGCACCGGUCGACGUGGCUGCAUCGGUGUUAAAGUCGGGACGAUCAUGAUGGUUAUGUUGUUGGCUAGGUUUCUUCAAGGGUUUAACUGGAAACUCCAUCAAGAUUUUGGACCGUUAAGCCUCGAGGAAGAUGAUGCAUCAUUGCUUAUGGCUAAACCUCUUCACUUGUCCGUUGAGCCACGCUUGGCACCAAACCUUUAUCCAAAGUUCCGUCCUUAAGAAGAAGAAAACAAGAUGGUGUCUAAAAAAAAAAAACGCCUUGUUUCUUUCUCUGUUAUCUUCUUCAACGCUUAGUCGUUUCUAUGUUAUGUUACUACUCUUAGUCGUUUAUGUUUUUUAACUUUUACUUGACGUACUGUCGUUUGUUGUUGUCCUUUUCUUUUGAAUCUCCGUCACUUCAUAAUAAACACCGAUCAAACAUUCGGAGUAGCAUACUUAAUUAGUUAUAUGAUGGUCGUGUAUACUCGUGUUUAAUUGGAAUGUUGUUUAGGACUAGAGUACUAAACGGUGAAUCCUUAACAAAAAAUAAAAAAUAAAAAAAAAUCCUUAUGUAGAUAGGAAUAUAGCGAUAGUGAUCUUUAUUUUCCCAGUAAAGAGAAGAAAUGGAGCUAGAAUUAUAUCUAUAGCAGUGAGUCUCCAUCACCGUAAUCGGAUGCGACACUUUCAAUGCCAAUGUAUAUCAUGAUUCAUAUCUGGCACAUCAAAUUAUAUAACACAAAAAAGCAUUAUAAUAUAAACGUGGUUACCAACCCAGAAGCCAGAGGCAUCUCAAAUCCAUUUGACAUGAGUAUCACACUAAUGACCGUUUACCAUCAUCACUCGUUCUCACAACUAUUAUUACACCAAUCAAGAUUCCUAUUCACGUUAUCAUCAUCACCGAUCUAAACAUAUUCGUCCAGGCCCACAAGGUCAAAACGGAUUAAUUUACCGAGGAGAUCGCCUUGAGAAGCGUUUUAAGGAGAAGGACGCCUGACCUGACAUUCCCUACCGGUCUGUUCUUGUCCAUCUCGCUAACAACAAUGUUUGGUCCGUGUUUUUUGUUUUUCUUUGGCUUAGCUCAUUGUUUUUCUUUGACUUAGCUCAUUGUCAACUAUACAUAACAUUUGGGUGGUCUUGCAUAAUAGUUGUUAUUUAAUUAGAGGUCAGCACGUCACCGUUAUAAACA